AUGGGCGGCAUUUUCUCUUAUCAUUUACGAGAAAAUACUACUCAUUUAAUGGUUGGAAAAGUAGGAUCUAAAAAAUAUAUUGUAAGCAAAAUAAUAUAUAAGGUAUAAAUACCGGAAUAAAUUAAAAUCUUGUGAUUUUCUUUAGAAAGCUGUUGAAACAGGAAUAACUGUUAUGAUUGAUUCGUGGGUAGACGCUGUUUGGGAAGAAAGUCUAUCUCAUAUUAAUAUUGUUAAAGAAAAAUUUGAUAAAUUCAAAUGUCCUCCAUUUUAUAAACUCAUAAUGACUACUUCUGGUUUAGAUGUAUUUGAUCAAGAAGAAGUUAUUACAUUGAUUUUUUCUUUUGGUAACAAAAUAAAACAAUUAUUAUUAAAACCAUUUUUGUUUUAAUAAAACCACAUAUUAUUUUUUUUUUAGGUGGAAUGUAUACACCUCAAAUGAUAAAAAGAGAAACUCAUGUAUUAAUUAUAUCAAAUCCUAAAGGUCAAAAAUUUACUUAUGCACAACAAUGGGGUUUAAUGUGUUUAAAACCAUCUUGGAUAUAUGAUAGUGUUGAAAAAGGUUAUAUGGUUGAUACUAACGAGUAUAUUGUCAAAAAUGAAUUACUAUGUUCAACGCUUGCUUCUGGUGUUCAAGUUCGACGUAUGAUCUGAAGAAAGUACAAAUAAUUUUUCAAAAAUGUUUAAUUAUUGAUUUAUUUUUAGCCAACUUUUCUCAAGCUGACAUUAGCGAAAUAACUGCCGAGCCAAAAUCAAGUAUAGAAGACACAAUAAACAAUUGCAGUAAAUUAAAAUGUCAAAAAACAAACAAUUGUGUAUCACAAGAUNUGGAUAUAUGAUAGUGUUGAAAAAGGUUAUAUGGUUGAUACUAACGAGUAUAUUGUCAAAAAUGAAUUACUAUGUUCAACGCUUACUUCUGAUGUUCAAGUUCAAUGUAUGAUCUGAAGAAAGUACAAAUAAUUUUUCAAAAAUGUUUAAUUAUUGAUUUAUUUUUAGCCAACUUUCCUCAAGCUGACAUUAGAGAAAUAACUGCUGAGCCAAAAUCAAGUAUAGAAGACGCAAUAAACAAUUGCAGUGAAUUAAAAUGUCAACAAAUAAACAAUUGUGUAUCACAAGAUAGUUUUACAACUCCAAAAAAAAGUAAUUAUCAAUUUCAACUUAUUAUUUUAUUACUACAUUGCUAAUUAUUAUUAUUAUUCCAUUUUAGAUAACUUAAAAAAUAUAAAUUAUAAAUCUAUGUUAGAAUGUAUAGGUUUAUCUGAGGUAAAAAAAGCUGGUACAAUUCUUGAUGGCUGCAAAGUAAACAUUUUUUUUUAAUUUAAAUAUUUUUAAACUUUAUAUUUAGUCAGAAAUGUAUUAUUUUGUAUUUUUUUCAUGCUAGGUUUAUUUUAGUGGAUUCAGUUUAAGUGAAGAAGAAAAGUUAAAACGAAUUGUAAUUUCUACUGGUGGAAUUAGGUACACAGAACUAAAUGAAUCAAUAACUCAUAUAUUAGUUGGUGAAUUUUCAUCAUCGCUAGUAAAACUAUUGCACUCCAUUCGAGAAAAGUAAAAAAAUAUAACUUUAAUAUUUAAUGCAAUAUUAAUCUUCUAGAGAUAUGUGACGAAAUGUUCAAUUUUUUAAAACUAAAUACUCCCCCAAUUAUUUGAUACUGAUUUUGCACGGUUACCAAUAAGAUGUUCUGUAAUAGGACAAAGGGACCUUGUCACGUAAAAGAAAAAUUAUAUUUUUUCUUAUUAUUGAAACCCAUAAUAAUUAUAAAUUGGUGAAGGCCAUAAAGAUUAACUAACUUAACCUAACCUUUUUACUUUUUUAAUGUUCGAGUAUAAGUUUGAUAAAAUAUUUUAAAAGUUCUGUCCGAUCUUAAAAAUCAGGGUUCGUAACAUCUCUUUAAUCUAUUAAUGCUAUUUUUUUUUUAUAAUUUUAACUACGAAAGAUAUUGUGCAUUGUUGUUAAAUUCUUAUCACUGUAGUUUAAAGUAAAAUUUAUUUAAAUCAUAGGUUGUCAUUUGAAAAUUAUUGUUGUUAUUAAAAUGGGUAAAAUUAAAAUAAAAAAAGUUACUACUGCUGAUGGAUAUUCACUUUUUUUAAGUAGGAAAUUAGAAAGCUAGGAUACAUAAGGUUAUUUUAUUUAUUUAUACAUUGAUUUUAUAAUAAUAUACAGAUAAGCCAUACUACAGGAAUAUUUGGAAACAGUGUCUUUAGUUUCAAUGAAAUCUGACAGAUAUUGCUUUUGUAUUUAUUGGAAUUUGUAAACUUGUUAUUUAUAUAGAUUGUAGAUGCUGAAUAUGUAACUAGCUGUUGCGUGAAGCGACUGUUAAGUUGUCGUUUUUUUUCGUUUACCUGCAAAUAUAAAAUAAAUUAAAUAUAAAAUCAAGUAUAGUAAUAUUUCCGCUCACAAGAAAAUAAAUCUUUCUUACUACUUCACAAAUUGACUAUAGUAAUAUUUUUUUUUUUAUGCUCUUCUUUUCGUUGAACCAAAAACUUUUGGUUUCAUCAUUUUGGAAAAAACAAAAAUUCCAACCAUAUUUUUAAUUUUAACACAACAAUAUGAUAAAUAAUAUAGUACACAGUAGCAAUGUGAACUGAAACAAUAUUUACCGAAAAUGGCAAAAAUAUCUAACUAUAUUAUUAUUAUUAGUUCGUAGAUUAUUUAAUAUUAUUAAUCUAAAAGUUUUAUAAUAUUAAUUAUUGAUAAAAUAAUACUAAAUUAAUUUAUCACAAACACCACGGGUUCCUAUAAAUAACUUGCAUAUAUUGUGAAUAAGAUAUACAAUACUAGAGCGUGAGCAAUUUCCCAUAUAACACCAAUACUGGCAGUAUAGAUAUAGAUAACAUUAUUAACCAUUGACGAUAUCAGUGACAUCAAUGAAAAUAUUACAUUACGUAAAAUGCGUCUUAUUUAGUUUUUUUUUGUUGAUAAAAAAAUAAUGGUUUUUAAAAUAUAGUAAAACAAUNUAUUUGGAAAUUAAAAUGCCUAUAUAUUAUUAAAAUCUCUGAAUUAUUUGAAAAUUUGACAAUUUCUAGAAAAAGCUAAUAUAAAUAAUCUAUACAAAUAUGAUCUCUUGGCGAUAAUUUUUAAGCAAAUUAUAGAAAAAUAAAAAUUUAAAAUAAUGAAAUUCAUAAUUCUUAACUUUCUCACUCUUUCUACGUUUUUUCUUGGUUUUGCUCAUUUAUUAUUAUGCAAUUUCACAUAUUAUCUAAAAACACAUUUUGUAAUCACUUACUAAAUCCAAAAUGCAACAAAAAAAGGCUCUUUUUUUUUUUAUCAGGGUAAUUUUUCUAGUAGAAAACAAAUUUUGUAAAAAUUUAAAUUAAUGAUAUUGUUACGCCAUAAAUUUGUUUGUUUUUAUUUUACGCUCUUUUAGUUUCUCUUAAUUAUUAUGAAAAUCCUUUUAAAUAAAAAAUAACCUUUUUAUUGCACUAGAUCCAAAAUACAAUAAAAAGGUCUGUUCUUAUUUUUUGAUUAUAGCACGAUUUCUAGUAGAAAGUUUGUUUACAAGCAAAGAAAAAAACUACUUAAAUAUAUUGAUUUUUAUAAAAUAGUAUAAUGAUUAUAUAAUUAUCAUAUGGUUUUGUAAAAAAUAUCCUCAUCACUUCUAAAAAUAUUAUUCUUAUGGCAAUAGUCAAAUAACUUCAAAUUAUAGGGUGUGUGAAAUAAUAAAUAUGUAUCUCUUAAAGAUUUUAUAUUAUCGUGAUUAGUGUAUACAAAAAUUUGGUAAUUAUGUUCAUAAAAAUGGUACUCAAGCUACAAUAUUUAAAAAACUUUAAUAUUUUUUUAUUGUUACAUAUAAUUUAUAUUUUGUUUUAGACCUCAUGUUGUUAAUUUUAGUUGGUUAGUUGAAAGUAUAAAUUUGAAAUGUACUGCUCCAGAAGAACAAUUUUUGGCUAUGGAUUCAUCUCAUUUGUUUUCAUCUGAAUCACCAUCUCCUCUUAGUAAAAAAGUAUAUUAUAUUAUAUAACUAAUGUAUACAAAUUGUAAAAUAAAGUCACAAUAUAAAAUCUAAUGUUUAAAUUUUAUUUUAGGGUUUAUAUAUGAUGAAAGAUGCAAAAUUUUCUCAGCCAAACAUUGUAGAUAAACCUAAACCUACAAUUUCGGCUAUAAUGGAAAAUCAUCCAUCGGAUAAUUUUAUAAAUCAAUAUUUGAAUGUUGGUAAGUGUGAAGUCAUAAUGAUAUUAUUUUUAAACAUAAAUAUGAAAAUGAAAUUUAUAAUAAAAUAAUAUAGUAAAAUCAAAAUUAUUAAAAUGGUUGAUACUUGUAAAUAAAUAAAGUAAAUAAACAUAUAAAAAUAAAAUUAAUUAAUUAAUGAAUGUGUUGCCUGGAGCAUUAUGAUAAGUAAAUUAUACGACCAGUUUCGAAUUGAAAAUUCAUCAUCGGGUAUAUCAAAGUCAAAAUGUAAAAUGCAACUGAAUAUAAAAAAUUAAAUGAAGGAACACAUAGAAAAAAAUUAUACAAAUUGGUCGUUUUACUUAGAAUAUAAAAAAAAAUUAUUUUAAUAGGAGAGAUUAUUUAAAAUGACAUAGAUAUGUUAAGAAGUAUAAAUUAUUUGGUUAUUGUUUAUUAUCUAAAAUUUCAAUACACUAAGAUAUAAGAUGUUAUUUUUAAAAUCAGUUUGAACAUUAAAAAUAUUAAAAUUAUUUUUAUCGAUACAUUUUUUAUUUAGAUUUUUAUUUACUUUAUUUAAAAUUUAUAUUUUAUACACUGCUGAGUGAAACACAUUUAAAUAUUGCUCAAUACAAAUAAUUGAAACUUUUACUAAUUAUUAUUAUUUUUUAGAAAUGCUUAUAAACAAUUGGUUUUUAUUAUCUGUUUGAUUUUGCAAUUUAUUGUGUUUUUGUUUUAUAUAGCUAGAACCUCAGAAUUAGCUGACUUAUAAUUAGGAUUAGGGACUUCUAGUUCAAAAAAUGUUACAAAUAUAUUUUAAAAAAGAACCAAAUGAGCACUAAAAAAUGUUUUAAUUCUGCUAGUAUAUGCUCUAAUGAGAAAAAAACAUUAAACUUUGCAUAAUCCAAUUUUGGAUUUAGAUUCUAUAUCAUGAACAGGAUUUCUAUUUGACUCUGCUACUUUUUAAAUAAUUAAAAAAAAUUAUGCAACUGUUAGAAAUCCCUGAGCCUGCUUUUAAUAAUAUAAUAUAGUUUAAUUAUAUUUAAACCAUACAUAUUUUAAUGACUAAAUGAAGUAUAAAGCGGCCCAUACACAAUCAAUAUUUUAUAUUGACUAUAAUAUUGAUAGUAUCAUAUUGAAGACUUGUUCAAUAUAUUGAAAAAAUCAAAAUUAUUUUAAUAUUUAUUGACAGAUCGUCAAUAUUAUUAUAUUGCUGAUUUACUUUUACUAUUUGAUUAUGGACCCGGUGACUUAAUAAUGAUAUAUUGAUCAAUAAUAUUAUUAAAUAAAUAUUGAUCGAAUAUGAACUGCUUAAUAUGUCAUCUUUUUAAUAUAUACAUUUUUUUUAUUUACUGAACACAGUGAAAAACAAUUCUAAAAAGAACUCAUCAUUUGUUAGGGUAUGGUUAAACAUUUAAAAUAAAUAAAUAAUAAAAUGAAAAUUGUCUCAAUUUAUAACUAAAAAAAAAAGUGUAUUUUGUGAAUCUUGAAUAUUUUUAUAAAGCCAACCGAGUUUUAUUUUAAUAAAAAGAAUCGUGUAUAAAAUGUUUGUUUAUUUUUUUAAAUUAAAACAAUUUUAACCACAUAAUAAAACCAUAUAAAAAUCUUUUGUUCAACAACAUUUUUAGAGGCAGAAAAUAAACACACUUUAAUUCAUUUCUCAUAAUAUUUUAAAUUGUAUGUUAAUAAAUGUUUCACUUUAAUGAAAGUUUUNCCACAUAAUAAAACCAUAUAAAAAUCUUUUGUUCAACAACAUUUUUAGAGACAGAAAAUAAACACACUUUAAUUCAUUUCUCAUAAUAUUUUAAAUUGUAUGUUAAUAAAUGUUUCACUUUAAUGAAAGUUUUAAUUUAGAUUUGUACAAAUUAUUAAAUCAUUUUUAGUUUGUAUUAUAAAUUAUCUUUAAUAAUUGCAAUUUUAGAAAACACUAAUUUGAACGGCCCUCAAAGUCAAAAAUCAUCAUACACUAAUACUACAGAAGAUACUGUAUCUACACAAGACAGUAGAUUUGAAUCUAUAUUGGAAGGUAAUGGUUGUCUAGAAUAUAAUAUUUAUACAAAUUAAAAGAAAUUGUUUUUAGGCUUAACCAUACUUUUAUAUGAUUUGGAUGUUCAUCAAUUACCAUCUAUCAAAAGUAAAAUUAUAUCAAUGGGUGGUGUAGCAGUUAAUACACGUAGUUACCAAAAUAAAAUUGAUUAUGUUGUUGUUCCAAUUGUUUUUGAUGAAAAAUCUUUAAAUAUUAAAGCUACCAUAGUUAGCUGUCUUUGGGUAGUGAGUAUUAAUAUUUUGGUGUGAAAACAUCUUUUAUCAUAAUAGUUAUAAAUGUAAAUAAUAAUUUGUGAUUAUAUUAGGAAGAUUGUUAUAAUAAUAUUGAAAAAGUUUCGGUUGAAUAUUAUCAUAAACCAGUAAUUUUUAGUGGUUCCACACCUCUAAAAAACUGUGUAAUUACUGUUACUAAUUAUGCAGGUUCUGAACGGUACUUUUUAAAAGAAGUUUCAUUACUUCUUGGUGCACAGUAAGUUCAUUUUUACUCUUAAUUAGUAAGUAAAAAAAAAAAACCUUAUAAAUAUUAAUUUCACUAUAUUUAUUAUUCAGUUAUCAAGAUGCUAUGUCACGAAAACAAAAACUUGAAAACAAUAUUAUGGCAACAACUCACCUUAUUUGUUCUGCACCAGAAGGGUCGAAAUAUCAAGCUGCGGUUAAAUGGAGUGUUCCAGUCGUAUCUAAGGAAUGGUUAAUCAAAUGUGUGACAUGUAAAUGUCGAUUACCAGAAGAGCACUUUCAAAUUGUUAACAUAAGUAGUAAGUCACUAGUUAGUUAUUUUUAUUUUUAUUAUUAUUAUUAUUUUUUAAAUAUUUAUAAUUACAAUAUUAGCCACUAUUAAAUCUACAUCAAUGGUUUCACCAACUACCUCAACUCCUAGAAAUAUAAGCCGUAUUUGUAAAGAUAGUAAUACAUCAUUUACUCAAAAACUUACUGUACCUGCAAUGCAGGAAAAUUGUACAGAAUCUGAACUAGCAGUACCACUUAAAGACACUGAUGAUGAAAUUAAACCACCAUUAAAGAAAAAAUGUUCUAUGGAAAUGAUUAAUCCUACUUCUCAAUUAUUAGAACCCGUUAAUAAAACUCCAGUAUUAGCUAGUCAACAAUCAUCUCCUUCAACACCUCUUGCGUCAAAGAGUUUUAUGGACAAUUUAAGUAAUCCAAGAAGUCCUUAUGGACAAAUAUUUUAUGACAAACUUGUUCCAGAUGAAACCAAAAAAAAGUGGAGAAAGUAUGUAUAAUAUAAAUAAUAUAAAAUAUAAUAUUAAAUUUUCAAUUUUAUAGCUAAUUCUAGUUUAAAUUCAAUUGUAUUAAUUAUAUAAUUACAUUUUAAACUGUAUAAUAAUAAUCUUUUUAUGCUAUCUCCAGAGAUAUUACAACUCGUGGGAUUGUAUACAUGAAAAAUUAAUAUUAAACUAGUUUUUUUUAAAAGUUAAUCAUAAUUGAAUUUCAAAAUUAUUCUAUAAUAUGUUUUAGUUGGAUAAAUACUUUACCAGAUGGACCAGAUGAAGAUUGUAUAUCAAACUUAAAACGCCGAAAUAGUACUGUAAGUUUAUUUGAUUAAUCAAAAAUGUUUUUUUAGAAACAUGUAAUUGUUUAAAAUCAUGAAUCUAUUCUGUUUUCAAAUAGCCAUUAUCUGAGCUUAAACGUCAAGUAUGGGCAAAAUUUUUACAACCUCCAGCAAACUAUUAUGAAGUAAGUUAUUUUUGUUUUAUAAAUAAUUAACUUGGUAGAGAUGUCCUUUGCUUUUCUGUUCAAUUAAUUUAGGUGAAGAUACUUAAAAUACAAAAUAAAAAUUUGACUAUAGUGUUUUUUAAUGAAUUCUGAAAGCCAUUAUGUAAAAUUGAUUUUUAGAAAAAUUUGAAUGGAACUUUAAUUUCGGUAUGGUCUUUUAUUGUGCGGCGUUGGGAAAGUGGCGUCUCUAUCGCCCA